AUGUCAGGAAGGGCUCCAGGGGAUCUGGGCUACCAGCUGAGCACUGACCUGCCCCACGAUGUCUACGAAGGAGACGAGGUCGUGGUGCGGUGCUCUGGGGUGAGCGGCAGCAUGACAGGGGAGGUGAUGUACUACAAGGAUGAGUCUCUGCCGGCCACUCACUACCACGCCUCAGGCUACACCACCCCAAACGCGAGCCCCAGUGACAGCGGCUCCUUGUCGCGUGAGGUCCGCCAGCUGGUCUUCUACAGAUUGACGACAGAGAGGACGAGGUCUGUACGGCUCACGGUCCAAGAGCUGUUUCCGGCUCCCACACUGACCGUCAGGCCCUCGCAGCCCACCGAGGGAAGCUCAGUGACCCUGUCCUGUGACACCCAGCUUCCCAGGGACAGGUCGGGGACGCAGCUUCGCGCCUCCUUCUUCAGGGAUGAACACACCCUGAGAUCGGACGGAAACGCAUCGGAGUUUCAGAUCUUGGCCAUAUGGAGGGAGGACCAGGAUACUACUGGUGUGCGGUGGCCACGGCGUGUCCCAGUGUCUGCCGUGCUCCUGGAGACCCUGCCCCAGGGGGGCCACGUGCUUGCAGGGGAGCGUCUGGUCCUCGUCUGCUCUGUGGCUGAAGGCACAGGGGACACCACGUUCUCCUGGCAUAGAGAGGACACGGGGGAGCGUCUGGGGAGCACACGUCAGCGUUCCCAGAGAGCAGAGCUGGAGAUCCCUGCUGCCGAGGGGAGUCACACAGGGUGGUACUACUGCACAGCGGACAACGGCCUCGGCCUCGCCCGCAGCGGGGCCCUGAACGUCACCGUCACAGGUGAGUGUCGCUCUCCUGAUUAGCCAGUGACUGAGCAGUCUCCUUCUGUGGCAGUGAGGCUGUACCAAGGAUGACGAGGGACAGGCCAUGAGGAGGUUAAGAAACCACCUGAACGCGGCCGGCUAUCUGUGAGGUGGCGGGGCAGU